AUGCAAUGUCAGGGUAGUAGACCGGCCAAUCAAAAAGAAAUUCAAAACAUAACAAGAAUAGUCAGUGAACAUUACAAGCCGAAUGACCUGACCUACGAAAAGUUAAUAAGACUAUUUGAACUAGUAAAACAAGAAACCCGCGCAAAUGGAAAGCUCCUCAGCCUUGAUGAAUUAGGAAAAAAAUUUGAAGGUUUUAAUUUCCCGAAAAACGAAGUUGUAAAAAUCAUCCAAUUUAUUGCAGGUGACGAUAGUAUGACGGAAUUUGUAACAGAAACAUUCACAAAGAAUAAUUAUGCAGAAAAUGGUAUAAACUUUAAACUAUUAAAACUUAUCACUAAUGUUGUAAGAAUCGAAAAGGGUUUGGAUAUCUCCACUGAUAUAGUUGCCCAAUUGAAAGCGGAUUUGAUAAGACGCGAGUUUCCUGUUUGGGAAAAAGAUGACAUCAUUACAUGCUUUGUUAAGAAUUUACAAUUUUGA